CGCAGCUGAGCGCCCACAGAAGGAGCCGACCGCGAAGACACGAAGAAGCGACGAACUUCAUCCAAAGCCCCCCCUCCGGCAAACAUCGUUUUUACGAGCCCAGACCUUCAAAUGUUGUUCUCCUUACAGCUAGAAGCGGGCGCUGGUGGUUUUGGUUGAUGAACGCGGGCGAAACUUUGGUAGGAAACGUUGCUUCACUUUUUCCUCCGGGGUCAGUAACCUGUGAAGAGAGGGGGAAAAAAAGGAGGAUUUACUGGAAAACAAGGAUUUGCCCGCGUUGGGACAUUAGCAGAAUUAGUCGGGAGGAGGGGUAAAAUUCUAUUUUUUUUUUUUCAAAUAUUUUUUGUUUUUUAUUAAACGGGACUUCCAAAGCACAGUUUUGUUUUACUUCAAAAGAGGAAAAACAACAACAACAUUUCACCUGCUGUUAAGGAAUAUAUACAGGGACCCUUGGUGUUACGUUACCAAGCUAAAAGGCGACAGCCUAAAGUUCAGACCACCUGCCCAGCGUAGUUACUGAGAGAGGAGAGGAAGGGGGAACUACCCUCAUCAUUGUCUACUGCUGCCUUCUGCUUCCUCCUGGGUUCAGAUGUACGCUGAGAAAGUUGUGACAGAGGGGAAGAUGGGGAACAGAGGCAUCUCUCUGACCUGUGUGUUGACCCCGUGGAGGUUGAUGGGCGUCUGUGCAACACUCAUGACCAUUGGAGCCCUCGGUGCUGCAGUCUGGGCCGUAGGUCAGACUACAUUGCUUUCAUACGUAAUCAUAUCACACGUUUCUCCAAUUACAUUCUGCACUAUGGAGGGGGACACAGGACUGUAUGAUGUUCAGGUAAAUUCACCUGACCAGCAUCUCAGAGUGUUUGACUCUGCUCAGAGGAGGUGGCGCCAGGUGUGUUCCUCGUCAACCAAUGAGCUUCUUGCUAGCAUCAGUUGUGAGGAAGUUGGAUUUGUCAGCGUGGUGAACUACUCGGUCGUAUCGGUGCCUGAAGCCAGUGGUGACGUUGGAGAGUUCUUCUGUGUCAGACAGGAAGAGCUCAGCUAUGGAAAGAAAAUCAAAGACUCAUUGUACCCAUGUGCCUGUGAGAGCCGGGAAGUUCUUACACUGUUAUGCCAAGACUGUGGCAGGCGUAGUUUUGCGGCGGACCGUAUAGUUGGGGGUGUGGAUGCCAGGCAGGGCAGCUGGCCCUGGCAGGUCAGCUUACAGUACGAUGGCAUUCACCAGUGUGGAGGAUCCAUCAUCUCUAAUCGCUGGGUUGUUUCUGCGGCUCACUGCUUCCCAGAGCGGAAUCGUUUUAUUAAUCGAUGGCGCGUGCUGCUGGGCUCCAUCUACAACAAGCCUGUCAAUGCUAACGUGGUCGAGGUGAAGACCAUUGUUUACCACAGUAGCUACCUGCCCUUUGUAGAUGCCAAUAUUGAUGACAACAGCAGAGACAUCGCUGUGUUGGCCCUCGCACAGCCGCUUACUUUCAAUGAGUACAUCCAGCCUGUCUGUCUGCCAGCAUAUGGACAACGGCUAGUAGACGGACAGAUGGGAACAGUGACAGGAUGGGGAAACGUUGGAUACUACGGUCACCUGGCAGACGUUCUCCAGGAAGCAAGCGUCCCCAUCAUCAGUGAUGCUGUGUGUAACGCUCCUGAUUACUAUGACAACCAGAUCACCACCAGCAUGUUCUGUGCUGGCUAUGAGAAAGGAGGCAUUGAUGCCUGCCAGGGAGACAGCGGAGGUCCUUUUGUGGCUGCUGACUGCCUGUCUAAAAGCAGCCGCUAUCGCCUGCUGGGAGUGGUGAGUUGGGGAACAGGCUGCGCUAUGGCUAAAAAACCAGGCGUCUACACCAGAGUCUCCAGGUUUCUGCCGUGGAUAUCCACAGCCAUGAGGAACUAUCACAAUUCACCAGGUGUUCACAAACUGGCUCGACCAUGACACCCCUGCAUCCAUCUCUCUGUUUUUGGAUGACAAUACGAACAUUUUGCGUCGCUGAUACUGUGACCCCGUGACAGGGAAGUGAAAGACUGUGACCGUCCCCUUUUAUCAUGGCUUCAGACAUUUAUUAUGACGGAAACAUUCCCCACUUCCUGAGCCUUAUGCUUCACUGAAGGUGUACUGAUAGGAAACCAGUUUAACCAGUUGUUAUGAAGAUAUGGAAGCAAAAGA